GGGUCACGUGAUCCCUUUCAAAGAUGGCCGCCCUGUUGUUUUGAUGAAUAAUACUUGGUGGGGCGAGGGGGUAAGAGUAGGGGUGGAGGGGUAGGAGGACUUACGCUUCCAGCGAUAGCUUCGCCAGUCCCACCCUCCCCUCCCCCCUCCCCGGCCUCCAACGUGGAGGAGGGGCGUGUCCGGACUGCUUUUAGAGGGGAGGGGCUCCACGGGACCGCGCCGAGCCUCCACGGGAGCGACCGGGAGGUCGUCUUACCUCAGGGCAUCCUCUCGGCCGGCCGGGCUGUUCCCGCCGGGGGCCGAGGGUUGGGAGGGAAGCGGGCUCUGCCUGGACACACGCCGCUGCCGCGCCUCCACCAGGGCGACCCAGCACGUUGGGGGCCGGAGACGAGUUAGGGACCGCGCUGCCGGGUCGGGGUAGCCCGGGAAGCGGUGGGCUGUGAGUGGCGGCGCCGUGAGGUAACCCCGUGGCGGCGGCGGCGGCGGCGGCCCGAGGGGGCUGCCCGGGGCCGGAGCAGCCGGAGGAGUCUCUGGGGCGCUUGGAGCGACAGAAGCAAAGGCAAUCCAGUGCCUCGUGUUCUUCUUCUUCUUUUUUUUAACCUCUGACUAUGCAAUUCUGAAACCUCCCCCAUACGGGGGACCAGACAGCUUGAUAGACAGACACCUUCCACUCUCCUUGCUCCCGCCCUGGUCUCGAGAACCGAAGGAUCUCUCUCCCUAACGCCUUUCACCAUUAAGAGGAAAGCGAUGGAGGAGCUCAGCGCUGACGAGAUUCGGCGGAGGCGUCUGGCGCGACUUGCUGGUGGACAGACUUCCCAGCCAACUACCCCACUUACCUCUCCCCAGAGGGAGAACCCUCCUGGGCCUCCAAUAGCAGCAUCAGCUCCAGGCCCUUCCCAGAGUCUUGGUCUCAAUGUCCACAACAUGACCCCAGCUACCUCCCCGAUAGGUGCAGCAGGAGUCGCCCAUCGGAGCCAGAGCAGUGAGGGAGUUAGUUCUCUCAGCAGCUCACCUUCCAACAGCCUUGAGACGCAAUCUCAGUCCCUCUCACGUUCCCAGAGCAUGGAUAUCGACGGUGUCUCUUGUGAGAAAAGCAUGUCCCAGGUGGAUGUGGAUUCAGGAAUUGAAAAUAUGGAGGUUGAUGAAAACGACCGAAGAGAAAAAAGGAGCCUCAGCGACAAGGAGCCUUCUUCAGGCCCUGAAGUAUCCGAAGAGCAGGCCUUACAGCUGGUCUGUAAGAUCUUUCGUGUCUCUUGGAAGGACCGGGACAGAGAUGUCAUUUUUCUUUCUUCUCUUUCUGCUCAGUUUAAGCAGAACCCAAAGGAAGUGUUCUCUGACUUUAAGGAUUUGAUUGGCCAGAUUUUAAUGGAAGUGCUAAUGAUGUCCACUCAGACUCGAGAUGAAAAUCCAUUUGCCAGUCUGACAGCCACGUCACAGCCCAUUGCAGCUGCAGCGCGGUCACCAGAUAGAAAUCUCAUGCUGAACACUGGCUCCAAUUCGGGAACAAGCCCCAUGUUCUGCAACUUGGGAUCUUUCAGUGCCAGCUCAUUAUCUAGUUUGGGAGCCUCUGGUGGAGCAAGUAAUUGGGAUUCCUACAGUGACCAUUUCACCAUUGAAACCUGCAAGGAGACAGAUAUGCUGAACUACCUCAUCGAAUGCUUUGACCGAGUUGGAAUAGAAGAAAAAAAAGCACCAAAGAUGUGCAGCCAGCCAGCAGUCAGCCAGCUCCUGAGCAACAUCCGCUCACAAUGCAUAUCGCACACCGCAUUAGUACUCCAAGGUUCCCUAACACAGCCUAGAUCCAUGCAGCAGCCGUCCUUCCUUGUGCCCUACAUGCUGUGCAGGAAUCUCCCAUACGGCUUCAUUCAAGAACUGGUGAGGACCACUCAUCAGGAUGAAGAAGUGUUCAAGCAGAUCUUUAUUCCCAUUUUACAAGGCCUGGCUCUUGCUGCCAAAGAGUGCUCACUUGAUAGUGACUACUUUAAAUACCCCCUUAUGGCAUUAGGUGAACUCUGUGAAACUAAGUUUGGAAAGACACACCCUGUGUGUAAUUUGGUUGCCUCUUUGCCCUUGUGGUUGCCGAAGUCCUUAAGCCCUGGCUCCGGGAGGGAGCUGCAGAGACUGUCUUACCUGGGGGCCUUCUUUAGCUUCUCAGUCUUUGCAGAAGAUGAUGCUAAAGUGGUGGAAAAAUAUUUCUCAGGUCCUGCCAUUACCCUGGAAAACACCCGUGUGGUCAGCCAAUCACUACAGCAUUACUUGGAGUUGGGAAGGCAAGAGCUUUUCAAGAUUCUGCAUAGCGUUCUGUUGAAUGGUGAAACCCGUGAAGCCGCCCUGGGUUACAUGGCAGCUGUCGUCAAUGCCAAUAUAAAGAAAGCACAGAUGCAGACAGAUGAUAGAUUGGUAUCUACAGAUGGAUUUAUGCUCAAUUUCCUUUGGGUACUACAGCAGCUAAGUACAAAAAUCAAGUUAGAAACAGUUGAUCCCACAUAUAUAUUCCACCCAAGAUGUCGGAUUACACUUCCUAAUGAUGAGACGCGAGUGAAUGCAACAAUGGAGGAUGUGAACGACUGGCUGAGUGAACUUUAUGGAGACCAGCCUCCAUUUUCUGAGCCAAAAUUCCCCACAGAAUGCUUCUUUCUCACCCUACAUGCUCACCACCUCUCUAUUCUGCCCAGUUGUCGUCGCUACAUCCGCAGACUCCGCGCCAUCCGGGAGCUGAAUAGGACUGUGGAAGAUUUGAAAAAUAAUGAAAGCCAGUGGAAAGAUUCUCCCCUGGCAACUAGACAUCGUGAAAUGUUGAAACGCUGUAAAACUCAGCUGAAGAAACUGGUACGGUGCAAGGCCUGUGCUGACGCUGGCUUACUUGACGAGAGCUUCCUGAGAAGAUGUCUGAAUUUUUAUGGCCUUCUCAUUCAGCUGCUGCUCCGCAUCCUGGACCCUGCAUACCCCGACAUAACACUGCCUUUAAAUUCAGAUGUCCCCAAGGUAUUUGCAGCGUUGCCUGAGUUUUAUGUAGAAGAUGUUGCUGAAUUUUUAUUUUUUAUUGUUCAAUACUCUCCUCAGGUGCUUUAUGAGCCCUGUACUCAGGAUAUUGUGAUGUUCCUCGUUGUGAUGUUGUGCAACCAGAACUACAUCCGGAAUCCAUACCUAGUGGCCAAACUGGUAGAAGUUAUGUUUAUGACCAACCCUGCUGUCCAGCCACGAACCCAGAAAUUUUUUGAGAUGAUUGAGAACCAUCCUCUCUCUACCAAGUUACUGGUACCUUCUCUGAUGAAGUUCUAUACAGACGUGGAGCACACUGGAGCUACCAGCGAGUUCUAUGACAAGUUCACAAUCCGCUAUCACAUUAGUACCAUUUUUAAAAGCCUUUGGCAAAACAUUGCUCAUCAUGGCACCUUUAUGGAGGAGUUCAAUUCUGGGAAGCAGUUCGUGCGCUACAUAAACAUGUUGAUAAACGAUACGACGUUUUUGCUCGAUGAAAGUCUGGAGUCGCUGAAGCGGAUCCAUGAAGUGCAAGAAGAGAUGAAGAACAAAGAGCAGUGGGACCAGCUGCCUCGGGAUCAGCAGCAGGCCCGGCAGUCUCAGCUUGCUCAGGAUGAGCGCGUUUCACGCUCUUACCUCGCGUUGGCAACAGAAACCGUGGAUAUGUUCCACAUCCUCACGAAGCAGGUCCAGAAGCCAUUCCUCAGACCAGAACUUGGACCCCGAUUGGCUGCGAUGCUGAACUUUAAUCUACAGCAGCUCUGUGGCCCCAAGUGUCGUGACUUGAAGGUGGAGAACCCAGAGAAGUAUGGCUUUGAACCCAAGAAGCUGUUGGACCAACUGACAGAUAUUUACCUGCAGCUGGACUGUGCUCGGUUUGCGAAGGCCAUUGCCGACGACCAGAGAUCCUACAGCAAGGAACUGUUUGAAGAAGUAAUUUCCAAGAUGCGGAAGGCAGGGAUUAAAUCCACAAUAGCAAUUGAGAAGUUUAAGCUUCUUGCUGAGAAAGUAGAGGAGAUAGUGGCCAAGAACGCCCGGGCAGAAAUCGACUACAGUGAUGCUCCGGAUGAGUUCAGAGACCCUCUGAUGGACACCCUGAUGACUGACCCCGUGCGGCUGCCCUCUGGCACCAUCAUGGACCGCUCCAUCAUCCUGCGGCACCUGCUGAACUCUCCCACUGACCCCUUCAACCGCCAGACACUUACAGAGAGCAUGCUGGAACCAGUGCCAGAACUGAAAGAACAGAUCCAGGCAUGGAUGAGAGAGAAGCAGAGCAGCGAUCACUAAGCCAUCCCUCGCCACUGCUUCUGGAAGCAAGGCCAGCAGGGCAGAUACAGGCAGUGUCUGCGGUGAAGCUGCUGCUCAAGCCUUGGCAACCACACAUUGCCAGACCCAGAGUGACCAAACAGCAGAGAUCUGAAGGCACAUGGAGAGACGAGCCCGACUCCUGUACAUAUAUUUAAGUGACAAACACAGUGAAAAGCUUGGGGACGGGUUAGGAUUGCCUGUGUAAUAAAGCACGUCCUUCACACGUCACAAUGGAAGUCUUAGUGAUGAGAGGUGGGCGGGGCAGCUUCCCCUUCAUCUUUUGUUUUUGUUUUGUUUUGUUUUUGUUUUUAAAUCCAGUAUCCAUUGAUUUGAUUGUGAUUAGAGAACUUGGACCUUUUGCUGCUAAAGAAUCUCCACCCCCCCUCCCUCCUUGCCCGACUUGCACUGCUCUGGAUUUUUUAAAGAGAAGCAAAAACAAAAACAAACUCCUUUCCCCGACCCUCCAAACCAUAUAUUCUGUGAGAUAACUGUGCCUGCGACAAAGUGUUAAUCCUGGGAUCGUAUUUUUAUAUCAUAUUCACAUAUUUGUUUUUUUAAUUGGUGUUAGAUGACAUGAUUAAUAAAAAAGGCAAGAUAUUUUCAGAAUUUGAAUUUCAGUUUUUUUUUCUUUUAAAAUGUCCCUUUAAAAUUUUUUUAAUGUAAAAAAAAAAAUGAAGAGAAUCCUGUUGCUCUGGUCCUUCUAACAAGCCCUGAAUUAGGAAUCAAAGCGACAGGUGCAGCCAUGGAGUGGCUUCAGUAUCAGGACUUGUGUGACUUGGGGUUGGGGAGGGUGAGGGUUGGGUUUUUUAAUGCUAUGUGACAGUUCUAAACCUUUACCAUUCUCCUCUGAGGGUAAAUCAAUUCCUCAGCCCAGGGUUCAUUUGUAUGACAUGUUCUUUGGGGUUUGGCCUUACCAAAGCAAAAAAGAGGUACAAGAAAUGUGGAAGUAUGUCUGCCUGUUGAACACCCAGACACACAGCCACGUGAGCAUAAGACGCUCCCUCGUUUUGUAUUACUGCUCUCCACGCGACAGACUUGAGUUUUGAAUUUCCUCUGGGGUAAAAAAGGAUUUGAAACCAUAAAGUGUUUUGAAGAAAUUAAAUCUACAAAAACAUACUUUCUUUUUUCUUUUCCUUUUUUUCCCCUCCACAGACAAUGUCUUUCUCUGUUCAAUUCCUAACGCAAACUACAAUAAAUGGUGAUACGCAGUCGGAAGGAA